AUGUCGAAACGAACCGUCUUCACCUCCAUCACUCCCCUCCCCCCGGGCAUCUCCCGCCAAACCGCCAUCGAUUUCCUCCACAACCACCGCGAGAUGAUCGAUCUAAAUCCCCUAGUCACCGACCGCCAUGUCAUCCCUCCUCCUCCCCACGCUCUGCCGGAAGAGCACGUCUGCACCUGGUACUCCAUCACCGACAAAAUCUCCUAUCUACCAGGCAGCCUCGUCACCGGCGCCAUCUCAUAUACGGCGGCCUUCCACGACUUGCCCCUGGGCUUGCAGACGCACUGCCAUGCCCCCAUGGGCGUUGACCUGCGCGAGAAGUGGACAGUGGGAGGCUCCGAGCCGGGGGAAGACCCGGAACCAAUGGAGCUAGGCCUGGGGGCGCCGCGGACGGGCCUGUACAUCCGAGAGGACGUCGUGAUAACCUGCAAUGUCAUGAUGGCGAGCUUCAUUAAGAAGACUAUUAAAAAGGCCCAUGGCACCCUGAUGGAGGCGCUAUCCGUAAAGGCUGCCAUGUCAGAUACUCAG